CGCCGGGCCCGGUUUCAGCCGCAGGCCGCGGCCCGCAGCCCGGAGCCGCCCGGCGGGAGGAGCAGGGACCCCGGGCCGUGGGACCUGCCGAGCGGGGCCGCCGCGACGCCCCCGGAAGCCCGGGCUCGGCGCCGGCAGCGAAGGGUGACGAUCGAGGUUCGAAAUGUAUGGAGCCAUUUCCCUCCGGAGGAUGCUUGGAGUGGGGUUACUGCGGAGUGGACAGUGCAGAGAAUGGUCACCCCUGUGGAGUGGCAGAACUUCUCAAGGCAGAGCUCAGUUUGUAUCCAGCAGAGCAGAAGGAGAGGAGAACCAGCGGACGGUGAACUCUCUGCACUCUCUCUCGGUGGACGUGGCAAGAGUCCGGCAGCUGAAGAGGUGGGUACUGCUGGCAGAUGAGGCUUAUGUCAGCGAAACUGCUGACAUUUUAAAGGAAAUGGGAGCCAAGGAGAGGACGGUGGCCCGGAUCUUACAGCGAUGUCCUGAAGCUGUUCUCUGUGCACCAGUUGAAACCAGCCCCCAGCGAGAGCUGUGGGCCAGUCUGUGCCCCAACAAGGAAGAGCUGCUGAGAAUCGUCGAGCAGUUCCCAGACUCCUUCUUUAUCAGCAGGAACGCCGGGAACUGGCAGGACAACAUCGAGUACCUGCAGCAGUUGAACCUGAACAAGAGGAUGAUCAGCCGCCUGCUGGCCACUUGUCCACAGGCAUUUAGCAACAACGUGAGGAAGAAUCGGGCCGUGGUUGAGACCUUGCAGCAGACUUUCCUUCAGCUGGGUGGCACCCAGGCCAACAUGAACAUCUGGCUGAUGAAACUGCUGAGCCAGAAUCCCUUCACCUUGUUGAAACCGCCAGAGACCGUGGGGGAAAACCUGGCCUGCCUUCAGCUGCUGGGCUUCAGCAAGGCUGAGUGCUUGCAGCUCCUCACCAAGCUCAAGGGGCUAAUCCUAGAGCUGUCACCCCCUGCGAUGGAGGAAAGCGUUGGGUUCUGUGAGCGAGAGCUGCACUGCAGUGGUGAGGGACUGCGGCAGCUGGUGCUGAGGUGCCCGGGCCUGCUGUACUGUUCGGUUGCAGUGUUGCAGGAACGGCUUUCUGUCAUCCUGGGGGAAGGCUUCUCUGUGGAGCAGGUGAAGGGGAGCCCAGCCGUCCUGGAGGUGUCUGCACAUAUCCUGCGGCACCGGAUCAGGAAGCUGCGCUCACUGGGUUACAGUGUGGAGAGGGACAGUCUGGCUCUGCUGGAUGGAACCAGGAAGGACUUUGAGGCCAGUUGUGGAAAGAUGGAGCAGAGAAGGGAACGGCCCUUGUUUAAUCCAGCGGCUCCCUUAAACAUCGAGGACUAAGGAUGGGGAGUUACUGCCGGGUCCUGACGGAACUGAGACCACCGCGGGUCGUCAGCCAGAGCUGAAACCACUGGGGGAGGUGGGAGUGUUUCGCCACCACCGACCCGAAGCCGAGACCACCGCGCGUCCUCACCGAGAGCUGAGACCCCCUCCCCAGGACUGUCCCCACCGACCCAGAGCUGAUCUGGAGGCAAUGAUGUCUGAGUUUUAUGUUCUGCUGUGUGAGGACAGUCGAGGCCUGGUCAUGUGAAUUUAUCUACAAUAAUAAACUGGAGAGAUGAACCUGGAGAAAGAGUUUGUUCCAGUCGGUGAAUUGGCCUGAGGACUCCCCACAGCUGCCUCGCUACGCUUCCUCCCACCCUGCCUCCGAUAAGGAGUCCCCUUUAUUCUUUGUCUCCAUGCUGUCUGCUCCAGUGAUGUCUCUCCACACAGGUGUCUGAGAUUUCCUUCUUCCUUAAUCCAGGCUUUCCCCUGACCAGAGUGAACUGAACUCUUGACCACACCUCUGUCUCACACCUCCUCCUGGACAGAGCAAGAACAGAGCUCCCCCGUCCUCAUUCUCCACCUCACCAGCCUCCACAUUCGAUGGAUCACCCUUCACAAUUUCACCCCCUUCAGUGAGGUUCCACCACCAUUUACACCUUCCCCUCUCCUCCGCUCUCCUUCGGGUGUCCCAAAAGGUCCGUUCCCUUCUCCACUCCCGGGUCCACUCUUUCACCUCCAACACCACUUCUUCUCACAGUACGUUCCCAUACAUCCAUAGAAGGUGCAAUGGCUGACCCUUCAUCUCUUCCCUUCCUAUAGUCCAGGGGCUCCCACAGUCCUUCCAGGUGAAGCAGUGACUCACGUACACUUCUUCCAAUCUAGUGAACUCGUUCGUUGUUCACACUGUGGCCUCCCCAACACUGGAGAAACCGAACGCAGGUUGGGUGAAUGUUUUAUGGAGCACCUUAAGGGGUGACCCCGAGAUUCCUGCUACCUACAUGUUAACUCUUGAUUCCACAAUAAUGAGUGCGCCAAUUUCUGGCAACUCGUCACUGUCUGCAUCAGGAGUGGCUCUGUUCUAGUUUAUCCUCUGUUUCCCUAAUUCUCUCCCUCCACAGACACUGCCUGACCCGUUGGACAUUUCUUCAGCUUUUACAUGUUCCGAGUUUGUCUCUCUCUAACCUCCCUCAACAACCAGGUGCCUUCAGCAGCAGCUUAUCUCCUCGGCAACCCCAGGCUCGCCCUGUUCCCUUCCUCCUGUGCACCCUGCCUGAAACAGGGAGCUGGAGAUCCCAUGUUCUCCUGCCUGGUGGCAUCUGGUGAGAGGGGAUGAAUCUGUCUCUGAGAGACGGUGCAUCAGGGAGUGGCAAACAGUGAGAGGAGCAAAUGCCUCCAGCCCCGGUCAGGAGAAAAAGAGUUCAUGGCUGUGCAGGUCUCGCAGUUGUCUGCAGUGGGGUAACACUUUAGUGGGAACUGCGGCACUGAAGCAUGGUUGUUGCACUAGUGUCCCUGACCAUGGCUCAGAAAGCAGGAACGCUCGGUGGAAAGCGUGGACAGAAAUGAGCUGGAGCCGAGCCCUACCUCCCUCCCUCCGCACCUCACUCCGUGAGCUCUCCCUCCACACCCCACUGUGAACUCUCCCUUCCUCCCUCCCUCCACACCUCCCUCCCCACCCCUCCCUGUGUGAGCCAGCACCUCCCCACCCAGUCAUGCAAGGGGAAUGAGGACCCAUGUUUCCCCUCCACAGUCCCAGCC